UGUAUUGAAUUAGAUUGUAUUGUAAUCCAGAAAGUAGUAUAUGUUCAAAGAUUGAAUUUAAUUAAAUUAUUAAGUUUAGUUUGUUAGUCUAUCAAAAUGCCGUUGCGUGUAUUGCCAACGAACAGUUCACGGCGAUCGCUGCUCAAAUUAGUGUCCCAGGUUCCCAGAAAUAAAUGGUUAUCGGUUCGACAUACUAGCACUGCACGAAAACCGUCGGUACCCUGGAUGGAGAGGCCGAGUUGUGUAUUUUCAGCGAAGGCUUUGAAACACCAUUGGGGGGCCGUGCCUAUUAUAAUUGUAACAGUUAUCGGCCUAACAUUGGAGAUUCUUGCGCUCACUCGUCUGGCUCUAACCAGAGAUGAUGUGUAUUAUACAAAAACUGCACCAUGCGAAAUUGUUGAGACGCGCAAAGGUUACAAGGCACCGAUCCGCAAGUUUAUUGUGUUUAAUCAAAAGUACGAAAAUCCGCCAGAACUAAUCAAAGCGUUACAAGGUGCUGAAAAAGCUGAAGAAUGAUUCGACCAGUAAGACAUGUUAUUUUUCACACAGGCUAACAUGGUGAAGAGAAAAUUUAUUGUCAUAGCAAAAGACUGAUCCUAAGAACACAAUAGCAGAGAGUAUUUUGUGUGGUGCACUUUUUGUAGAAUACAAUUCAUAGUUGCCAAUAUUUAACAAACAACCCAUAUUAACUAACAUAUUAUGUAUAUAUGAAAUAUGUCUUUAUAUACGUGCGGUCGGGUAAAAAACUCGCACACACAGAUUGAAAUAAGCCCAACUAGCGAUAAAUAAAUUCAUAGUAAAUCUGUUAAGCAGGAUAUUCA